UGAUGGGCAGAGGGGAGUGGAGAUGGAGAAGAGGUAUCGCAGGAAUGCUGACGUGACCGCAGUGCAAGAGGAACGGUGCCACUGGCCAGGCAGAAAGUCACCCCUCUCCCAGCUCACCCUGUGCUUGAUCCAGAGGGGUAAAUUAUCCUAGCAUCCUCUAUUUAUACAGUGUGUAUAUUUUCAGCAGUGGAUGAUUGGGAUGCUGCAAUGUGCGAAAGCAAUGCGAAAACGUUGCCGUCCUUUCUGGGAAAGAGUUAUUCUGAAGCAGAGAGAGUUUUGGCUGAUGCUGGCAAAGCUGAAUAACAUAACUGCCAUGACUUUGAGGGCUUGGUCCACUGAACCCUGCCCUGAACUAAACCAGUCAAAGUUUGGAUGAAAUUCAUCAGAAAGAUGAAUUUUUAUUUCAUUGCAAUCAUACUCUACUCAGUUUUGUUGUUGUUGUUGUUGUUUCCAUAUAAAGUAAUAUUAUAAUAAUAAUGUAAAGCACAGAACAUCCUAACAUUCCUUUAGGAACCCAAUAAUAAAACAUGUCCUAAAGGUACUAAAGGUUGCCUGCUUUGCUUUAAAGUGACAGAAUUUAUACACAAGUGCUGAUUGAUUAGCAUGUGGCUGUCAACAUACUUGACAAUAUUUUCACUUUAUUGGGGGACAUGUAGAGGCACCCUUCUUGUGCCCGACCAUGACUGUAUUGACAUAGUAGUAUGUUGUCUGUUAGCAUGCUUGACUUGUACUAUGGCUGAAGAGGUGAAGGGUUGAGUGCUGGUAGCGGCGUUCGUCUGUAAUCUAUGUAUCCUGAGACAGUGAUACAUGGCCACAACUGCUGCAUACAGCUGGAUGUAGCCAUAGGUUAAAAUGUCAGAAGUAAUGCUGGGAGAUGUUCAACUGAUACGUUACUGGACUUGGUAAUGGCACUGUCAAUAAUGAUUAAUAUGACUUUUUUUUCUAACCAAAUGAUUGACACUCAUUAGAAAUCAAGUUUUUCGUUCGUCUAGUGACUAUAUGUAUAUGCUCCAACUUUCUAUGUGAAGUUCUGUGUUUUCGAGAUCAGAACAACUAUAUACAUUUUAAUUUAAUCUGAAAAAAGUUUACAUUUCAUAGUGCUUUGCUGACUGGUUUCCACUAAUCACUCAGUACUACACCAAGUGUCCACUUUAGGUGCUUGAUUAUGCAUUGGUUAUAAGUGCACCAAAAGUUAUUUUAGCAAAGUAACAAAAUAGAAACAGACUCAUCAAGCAGCCGUGGCAUGCUGGCUAUUCGGCGAAUGCUAACAGGGGUUUUUCACAAGGGUUGCUAAGAGUGGUGUAGUGUUGUCCCAAACAUGUAUUCAAAUAAACAGAGUGCCCUUUAUUUUGGUUCAUGUUAUGAAAGGCAUCAAACAAUUCAUUAGUGGAACGGUAGUUAUACGAUUUGCAUUGUUAAAUUCUGUGUAUAUUUACUCUACAUGAAGAUUUAUGACCUUUGUGUUCUCUAAAGGAUUUCUGGUUCACAAUGUGCUGAAAGGUCUGGAUCACAGUAAAUUUAAACCUAUAAAUUCAAGCUUUGGUGGUAUUUUAGAAAACCUCCAUCUGAACCUAGUGAGGGUCACUGAGCCAGAGGGAAAUCUAAAUGCCAAUUCUUCAAAUAAUAACUUCAAAGCAAACUAGAUGUUGAAAUUUCAGUAUUUAUAAACACUAAACAUAAAAUAAUUGGUAAAUGGUAAUUAAUAUUUACAUAAAAGUAUACAUCAAGUCAUAUUUUAAUUAUAUUAAAUUAUGUCUGUGAUUAAUAAAUGUAAAAAGUUCAGUGUUGGUUCAUGAAACCUGAUGCAUUAACUAAUGUUAACAAACUGAACCUUAUUAUAAAGUGUUAACCAGGAAAACUGUAUCUUGGGACAUAAUUAAACAUGUAUAUGUUCAGUAAUAUGAUGCUUUAAGUAAAUUACUCUUGUUGAGUUAACAGUAAUGAAGCUGAUUAGUUCUAAAAAAACAGGAAAUGUCAGAUAUCUGAGAAAAUGAUGACCAAAACAAAAAUAUUAUUGGUCAUUUAAUCGGAUAUGUGAGGUGGUAUCAAUUCCCAUAUAUCCGUUUGAAACACUGCUCCAUAAAUGGAAAGAGGGUAUUUAUAUCUAGAUGUGACCACAAGGUUUCCAUACACAGUAUGUAUUCUCAAGUAUCUACCCUGAUUCUCACUUCAGCUAGGUCAUGCUAAGCUAAAGUCGCAACAUAAAAAACAUGAACAAAAUAAAGCAGUGUUUCAAAGCUGUCAAAGUAUGAAUAAAUAAGGCUUAUAGAUAAAGUAUAUGAAUAAAUAAGGCCACAAAAAAUGAAAGCAAUUUAUCCUCCUUUUUCGCAAUUGAUUCUGGAUGCUUGUAUUGGCGCGCUAGAUCAUGUGUCACAUUAAGAGAUAAACUCUAUGUACUCGUGACAGCCAUGGGGGAUUUCCAUCAUCAUCCGGUGGACGCAUUUAAAAUCCCAUCCCCAGUGACUGCAAUUGCAAAAGAUAUAUUUGGACUCUCUAGAAAUAAAAUUAUAUGAGAGGAUUUUUCAGGCAGGCAGCAGGACAUCAUGCCUGUUAGGAUCACUAUGAAUCAAGCUAUAGGUCAAACUAUGCUUAUGGUUGGCAAAUAGAGUGUCAUUAGGAAAUGUGCCUGAAUACCUUUCAACAACUUUGCGCUGCUGAUUAUUUGCAUGAAUGUUUGUGUAACUGGAAGAAUUACGGAAAAUCAAAAAGAAAACCCAUUUUUAUCAUUUCAAUAAAAUGCAGGGCCCUUGGACACCCUCUGUCCACCUGUUUAACCAACUGGACUGAGUAUUGUGUGGCUUGACCUUUCAACCGCCAUAUGAGGUAAGCCCCAAGUUAUAAGCAUGUGAACUACAGUACAGAAAAACAAUAGAAAAAAAAGUGCCAAAUACACACACACAAACACACAUUAGGUUUCAUGUUUUAUGGGGACAUUCUAUAAUGAUCUUAUACUGUACAAACUGUAUAUUCUAUCCCUAACCCUAAAUCUACCCCUAAACCUACCCAUCACAGAAAACUUUCUGCAUUUUUACAUUUUUCAAAAAACAUCACUUGGUAUUAUAUGAUUUAUAAGCUGUUUUCCUCAUGGGGACCAAAAAAAAAACAAAAAAAAACAAUGUCCCCACAAGGACAAGGAUUUUAGAUAUUGCCAUCCUUGUGGGAAAAUUUUGUCCCCAUAACAUAGGGUAUACAAGAAACAUACACACACACACACACACACACAAUUUUUAAAAAAUAAUUAUUCUAAUUUAUUUGAAACCACAAAUGUUUAAAUCAAUUAAGGGAAUAUAUUACAUUUAAUAUUGUUUACAUUUUAAUGUAAUCUAUUAGAUGCCAAAUUCCAAAAUUGUACAAUAUUGCAAUAUUUUGUCCCAACACUCCAACAGAAGGCGCUGUCACUACUCUUUGGCUAUAUCUAUUGUUUUGCCAAGGUAAACUAAAUGGAUACUUUUAAAGAAGAAAUUUUCAUGAGUAAUAAGUUAAACAUCAGAUGACCUGACCAUGAACAAAAAGUUCCUGGGCAACCACAUCCAUUUCUAUUCCUUGAAGCAUUUGUCAAACAUAUCACAAAUCAGUAGCCACAUAAAUAUGGACUUCAGAAUUUCACAACAGAACAUGCUUGUCUUUGUUUAUAUCUUUUAUCUUUCCCUGUUUUAUUUCUCCAGGAAAAGAUAUGUUACUGGUCUUAAUAUGAAACUUUUUUUUUUUUUUUGCUUUCAGUGGGUAAGGAAGGAGAAAAGGGGUGGGAGGGCUAGAGUGAAAGCAACACUUUGGGGGGCUGUCCAAUGUGCUGCCUUAAAUUAGCCAAGGGAGAGGUUGGACUGAGGGUGGAGCUUUGUGCUGUCACUAUCUCCCUUGUUAAGUAUUACCUGCAGUGCUUCAGUAGGUUGGCUGCACUUGUACUGUGUGUAAGGACAGAGAGGGGGGAAACAUAGCAAAUCAAAACCAAGCCUUGAGAAAUCACAGGGCACCAUCCUAAAUUUUACUUGGACACUGCAGUGCAUCUAUUUUAGCAAGUUUAUGUAGUGCAACUAGCUGUAAAUAUGGCUGGUUGUCUGCAAAGAGGAAGACUGAGUGCAGCAGGAGCACCUCUGAAGUGUCUGUUUAUAGUGAUUUCAUUAGUAUGUUGUCUCUCUAAAGUGGACGCAGAUCCGUUCAACGCGGCUUUCCACCAUAGGCACAGAUCUGGACCUACCGCUGAAACAAUCUUGGUAGCCAACAAUGGGAUUAGAGUUCCCUUUGGACGCUCCAUCUAUCUGGAUCCUAACAAUGACCUUGUGACUGAAGUGCAUGAAGGAGACCGCUGUCACAUUACAGUCCUGGACAAUGACCCACUGGCCCAGAGACCUGGAAUGCUAACACCCAAGAAGUUCCCCUGUGCUUUUGGUGCAGAAGAGGUGAAAUAUACUCACUUUGGUUCCCGGAGCCCAAGCAAAGACCACAUUAAACUGCAGCUGAGGUAUGACUCCAACACAGACACAGUGGUGGUUCCUUUCAUUCUUGAAGUAGAGGUGGUCUUUCAGCAACUGGAGAUUCUCACUCGUAACAUGCCUCUGGUUGUGGAUAAGCUCAAUGGGCUAAGCAACCCAAUUGACAAAAAAACUUUGGAGUUUGCAUUUGAAGAUGGUGUCACUACAUGCAAGGUGACCACACUGGUUGGUGCAGGCAAACUUCCCAGGUAUGGUAGUCUUUCUGAUAACUCUAUGAAUGGCCAGAUGAUUAAUUGUGAUGAUUUUGUCAAGAAGGGAAUUCAGUAUCAACACACCGCAACCACCAACUCUCCUAACAGAGACUACAUUCCAAUGCUAGUAGAAGUACAAGAUAAUGAUGGUAAUACUAUUCAACAAGAACAUUUCCAGAUAAUGGUUAGAAUCAAAGAGGGUAAUGAAAAUACACCACCAAAGCCUAGCUUUAUAUCUAUGAUGAUGAUGGAGAUUGACCAAUUUGUGAUGACAGCCAUUACUUCAGAUAUGCUGGCAGCUGAGGAUAUUGAAUCCGAUUCUGAUGAUUUAAUCUUUAACAUAACAUCUCCCUUGGGCUAUCAGCAGGGCUAUAUUAUCAGCACAGAUGAUCAAAACCAGCCAAUCACUUCUUUCCAUCAGAGAGAUAUUAAAGACCUGAAGAUCGCUUACAAGCCUCCCUCUGAGGAUUCAGACGUAGAAAGAAUUUUCCAGAUUGAAUUUGAAAUUGUUGACACUGAUGGGGCUGUUUCUGAUUCUUUUGCAUUCAUGAUUGUUGUGAAGCCAAUGAACACUUUAGCUCCGGUGGUAACCAAAAAUACAGGACAGCUGCUUUUUGAGGGUCAGUCAAGACCACUAUCCAGCUCACAAAAUUUAGAGAUCAGUGAUGAAGAUAAUCUUGAUGAUGUGAAGAUUACUGUUGUUGAUGGCUUGAAACAUGGAGAGCUGACUGUGCUAGGGUCUCAACGAAAAUUUUUCACCACAGCUGAUCUAGAUGCUGGCAUUGUUAUGUACCAGCACGAUGGAAGCGACACCUACAGUGACAACAUUAUAUUCAGAAUGACUGAUGGCACUAAUGAAGUAGAGUUUUUGUUCCCCAUCACAAUUGCCCCAACUGAUGAUGAACCCCCUAUUAUAAAUGCAAACACUGGUAUUGUGCUUUUUAAAAAUGAAGUGAUGCAAAUCUCCCCCUUUAUCCUGAGUGCCACUGACAUUGACUCUGAGGAUUCAACAAUAAAAUUUAUUUUAGAAGAGCCAUACUCAGCAAUUGGUGAGCUGCUCAUCAAACAGGUGGAGCCUCCUCCAGAUCCAUCUGCAUGGAAAUUUAGUGCAACAGAUGAGAUGUUUGAACAGGUGGUAACAGAAUGGUUUCAGCAGGAUAUUCUGGAUGGGAAGCUGUUCUAUCGUCACAAAGGACCUCAUAGUACCACCACUGUGAUCGACCAGUUUGCCUUUAGAGUCCAGGAUGACAAUGACCCACCAAAUCAAUCAGGAGAGCAUGUGUUCAUUAUUAAAAUCCACCCGGUUGAUGACAUUCCUCCAGAACUUUACCCUGGCACCACACUACACAUGACAGUCAAAGAAUACGAGCUGACAUUUUUUAAGAAGAAAUUUCUACGUUACACAGAUCUGGACUGUGAUGACAGGGAUCUUAAAUACACCAUCAUCAAACCUCCUACUGACACAGAUGAAAACAGCCCUGUUCCUCUUGGUGCUAUUGUACUGACUGAUAACCCUGAUGUCAUAAUCAGUGAGUUUACGCAAGCUCAGGUCAACCACCAUAAAGUGGCAUACAAACCCCCAGAGCAAGAGCUUGGUAUUACUCCAAAAGUGGUCCAGUUUUCAUUCAGCGUGGAGGACACUGCUAGUAAUUCUGUUGAUGGUCUUUUUACAAUCUUUUUACAGCCUGUUGACAACAAACCACCUGUAAUUACGAAUACUGGUUUCACUGUUCUGGAGCGAAAUACUUAUAUAAUAACCAAAAAUGAACUUGAUGCCUCGGACCAGGACACUGAGGAUGAGAAUAUUAAAUUUAUAGUGACCCAGAUUCCCAGGUUUGGGCAGCUGCAAUAUUUAGGAAUUGACAUGUCUAAUGGAGAAACAUUUGUGCUGGAGGACAUUGAAAACAGCCGACUCGCCUACAUCCACAGUGGUGAAGAAUCUCUUCAAGAUGUCAUUAAGCUGGAUAUUAGUGAUGGCUUCCAUGAAGUCCCCAUUGUUGUCAAGAUCAGCAUCAAGCCUGUCGAUGAUGAAACUCCAAAAAUUAUGUUACCGGCAGGUUUGUUAGGGGCCUCCAUUGAUGUACUUGAGAAUGGCGCAACAGAAAUCACCAGCAAUGUUAUUCAGGGUCGUGACGAAGACACAGAUGACCUCAUGCUGACUUUCAUAGUUGAGGAGCCUCCUAGGCUAGGAGAAAUAAUGGUGAAUGGAGCUCCUGCUGAGCGCUUUACGCAGCAAGACAUAAUCAAUGGCGUGGUCGUCUAUGUUCACACUAGUGGUGAAAUCGGCCCCAUCAAAGAGCAUGAUUCCUUCAAUCUCACAAUAUCUGACAUGUCAGAUGAAUGGGUUGUUGGUGGCAACAAAGUUCAAGGGGUCCGUGUCCACGUCACCAUUCUUCCUGUAGACAGCAUUCCACCUAUUGUUAAUGUAGGUGGCCAAUUUGUAGUAGUCGAGGGUGAGAAAAAUGUUAUCACAUUAGAGCACAUUCAAGCUGAGGACAUUGACACUGAUAAUGAUGAUAUCUUGUGUACUAUCAUUGUUCAGUCCACAUCUGGCUAUGUGGAGAACAUCUCCCCAGCUCCUGGGUCUGAAAAAUCCAGAGUAGGCACUGCCAUCACUGCAUUCACCAUUAAAGAUGUUGGUCUAGGUCACAUCUAUUAUGUCCAAAGCAUUCACAAGGGCGUGGAGCCAGUGGAGGACAGAUUCACUUUCCGCUGCUCAGAUGGCAUUAACUUUUCAGAAAGGCACUUUUUCCCCAUUGUCAUUAUCCCAGCCAAUGAUGAAAAGCCAGAGAUUUUCAUUCGUGAGUUUGUUGUUAUGGAGGGGAUGAGCUUGGUUAUUGACACUCCUAUUUUGAAUGCUGCAGAUGCAGAUAUCCCAAGUGAUGAAUUAGUUUUUGAAAUACUUAAAAACCCAAAACAUGGAAACAUAGUUCAGCAGUUGAGCACUGGGACAGUUCCAGUGGUGAAAUUUACCUUAGAGCAAAUAAAGGAGGCUUCCAAUAUUGUUUAUGAGCAUGAUGACUCUGAAACCAAGGAAGACAGUUUUGAAAUUCGACUCACUGAUGGGAAGCACACUGUCGAAGAGAAGGUCGUCAUAAUAGUCAUUCCUGUUGAUGAUGAAACCCCAAGGAUGGCCAUCAACGAUGGCCUGGAAGUAGAAAUUGGAGAAACCAAAGUAAUUAGUAAUAGAGUCCUGAAGGCCACAGAUCUGGAUUCUGAGGACAAAGAGCUUACUUACAUUAUCCGUUAUGGCCCUGGCCAAGGCUACCUUCAUAGAAUUACCAAACAUGGAGAUGUAAUUGGCAACAUUAGUACUGGAAUGAAUUUCACUCAAGAUGAACUUGACAAACAGUUGAUUCAGUACGUACACACAGGCCAAGAGGGUGUCCGUGACCUGCUAAAGUUUGACGUAACUGAUGGAAUCAAUCCCCUCAUUGAUCGCUACUUCUACAUUAAUAUUGGCAGCAUGGACAUGGUCUUCCCUGAUGUUAUCAACAAGGGUGUGACCCUCAAAGAGGGAGGUAAGGUCACCUUGACCACAGACCUUCUCAGCACAACUGACAUCAACAGUCCAGAUGAAUAUCUAAGUUUCAGCAUCACUCGUGCUCCUAGCAGGGGCCAUCUUGAAAGUACUGAUCUCCCAGGGGUGCCCAUCUCCACCUUCACUCAGCUGCAGCUAGCUGGAAACAAGAUCUACUACAUCCAUACAUCUGACGAUGAAGUGAAGAUGGACAGCUUUGAGUUUGAGGUGACAGAUGGCUAUAACCCUGUCUUCCGCACCUUCCGUGUAUCCAUUACAGAUGUUGACAACAAGAAGCCAGUAUUGACGAUCAACAAGCUGGUGCUGGGGGAGGGAGAAACCAAGCUGAUCACACCCUUUGAAUUGACAGUGGAGGACCGUGACACACCAGACAACCUGCUGCGAUUUGUAGUGACUCAAGUGCCAGUUCACGGUCAGCUUCUGUUCAAUGGAACACAAGUCAUUACAUCAUUUACCAAGCAGGAUCUAAAUGAAAACCUUAUUACUUAUAGGCAUGAUGGCACAGAGACAAAUGAAGACAGCUUCUCUUUCACAAUUACUGAUGGGACUCACACUGAAUUUUAUGUUUUCCCUGAUACUGUAUAUGAAACUCGUAAGCCUCAGAUGAUGACUAUUCAUAUUAGCACAGUGGACAAUGGGGUGCCUCAAAUCAUUGUAAACAAAGCAGCACCCACACUUAGGGUUCUUCAUACUGGGCACGUUGGAUUUUUGAUAACCAGCAAAGCUCUAAAGGCUGAGGACAGAGACAGCCCAAACAAAGUGCUUAAGUAUGUUGUAACUGAGACCCCUCUUCAUGGCUUUAUCAUGAAUUCUGCUUUGGGCAAUGAUAGCAUCAAGUCCUUCUCACAGGCCGAUAUCGAUGAUAUGAAGAUUUGUUAUGUGCUUCUUGAUGGGUCCAAUGCCACAAGUGACAUAUUCUACUUCACAGUGGAAGACAAUGGGGGCAACAAACUGAAGCCACAACCGUUCCGUCUGAAUUGGGCCUGGAUAUCCCUGGAAAGAGAAUACUACAUUGUAGAUGAGGAUGCAAAGUUUCUGGAGGUCACCCUCAAACGCCGGGGAUACUUGGGAGAGACAUCAUUUGUCAGCAUUGCCACCAAGGACGGCACAGCAAAACAGGACAAAGACUUCCGUGGCAAAUCUCAGAAACAGGUCCAGUUUAACCCUGGCCAAACAUCCGCUACCUGGAGGGUGAAGAUAUUUACUGAUCAAGAGUUUGAAACUUCAGAGAUGUUUGAAAUUCAGCUCUCAGAGCCAGUGAUGGCUGUUCUUGAAUACCCUGAUAUAGCUACUGUGGAGAUUGUGGAUCCUGGUGAUGAGUCCACAGUGUUCUUCCCUCAAGCAGAAUACCGUAUAGAAGAGGAUAUAGGAGAACUACUAGUCCCGGUCCGCAGAUCAGGAGAUGUCAGCCAGGAACUGAUGGUUAUUUGUUACACACAACAAGGCAGUGCAACCGGAACCACCCCCAGCACAGUGCUUUCCUAUUCAGACUACAUCACAAGACCAGAGGACCACACCAGUGUUCUGCGCUUUGAUAAAGAUGAGCGGGAGAAGUCGUGUCGCGUCAUAAUUAUUGAUGACUCCCUCUAUGAAGAAGAGGAGAGCUUCAAUGUGUCCCUCAGUAUGCCUAUGGGUGGCCAAGUGGGAGCCAAGUUCCCCAAAGCCAAAGUGGUCAUCUUGGCUGAUAGUGAUGAUGAACCAUCUUUCUAUUUUGGAGAGACCGAGUACACGGUGGAUGAGAGUGAUGGUUAUGUGGAGGUGAAAGUGUGGAGGACUGGAACUGACCUUUCGAAGACAGCCACCGUCACAGUCCGUUCCAGGAAGAGUGACCCUGUUUCAGCAGAAGCGGGUCUAGAUUAUGUGGGAAUCAGCCGUAACUUGGACUUUGCUCCAGGUGUGACCAUGCAGACUUUCCGUGUCACAAUUCUCGAUGACCUGGGCCAGCCAGAGCUGGAGGGGCCAGAGACGUUUGAGCUGGUGCUGCGUAUGCCCAUGAACGCAGUCCUUGGAGAGCCUAGCAAAACUGUCAUCACUAUUAAUGACACUGUUACAGACUUACCCAAAGUCCAGUUUAGGGAGGCAGAGUACAAAGUGGAUGAGGCUGAUGGAGAGGUGAAGGCGAUGGUGUACCGCAGUGGCGACAUCAGUCAGAGGUCCACAGUCCUCUGUUACACUCGCCAGGGAUCUGCUCAAGUCAUGAUGGAUUAUGAUGAACGACCCAAUACUGACGCAUCCAUCAUUGUGUUCCUACCAGGAGAGAUUGAGAAGCCAUGUGUUGUGACUUUAGUGGAUGACACAGUUCAUGAAGAGGAUGAGGAGUUUCGCUUGGUUUUGGGCACACCUAAGAGCAAAUCACCAUAUGGAGCUUCAGUAGGAGAACAAAAAGAAGCUCUGGUCACCAUCACUGACCAUAAGGAUAAGUCCAUCAUCAGGUUUGCUGAGAUCAAAUACAGUGUUAGAGAGCCACAACUUCCUGGAGAGAUUGCUGUAGUGAAGAUUCCUGUCCUGCGUCAGGGUGAUACCUCCAAGGUCUCUGUGGUGAGAAUUCAUACUAAGGACGGCUCUGCAACAUCAGGAGAGGACUACAAUCCCCUUUCUCAAGAUGUGGAAUUUAAGGAGGGUGAGACAGAGCAUGUGGUGGAGAUCCAGGUUCUGUAUGAUGGACAAAGAGAGAUCCGUGAGGCUUUCACAGUUCACAUGAAGCCUGACGAGUAUAUGGUGGCUGAGACACAGAUGAAUAAGGCUAUUGUGUACAUCGAAGAGAUGAAUAGUGUGGCUGAUGUCACCUUCCCAGCAGUGCCUCAGGUGGUGUCACUGUUGCUGUAUGAUGACACAAUUCGGGCUAAGGACAGUCCCCACCCUCCAACUGGCUAUCCUGUUGUGUGUGUCACGGCCUGCAACCCUAAAUACUUUGACUUUGACAAGACUGGUUCCAUUUGUUCAGUGGAGAACAUCAAUGACACACUAACUCAGUACCGCUGGAUGGUUAGUGCCCCCAGUGGGCCGGAUGGAGUCACCAGCCCCAUGCGUGAAGUGGACACCAACACCUUCUUCACUAACACCAAGUCCAUCACCUUGGACUCCAUCUACUUCCAGGCUGGUUCCCGUGUGCAGUGUGCCGCCCGAGCCUUCAACGCUAAUGGAGACGCUGGGCUGGAACUCAGUUCGCCCAUUGUGGUCAUCAGCCGAGAGGAGGGCCUGUGUCAGCCUCGUAUACCUGGAACAGUGGGUGCUGAACCGUUCUCAGCUAAAAUCCGUUACACUGGCCCGGAUGACCCUGACUACCCCAAUCUGAUCAAACUCACUGUUACUAUGCCGCACAUGGAUGGCAUGCUGCCUGUUAUCUCCACACGUCCCCUUUCAAACUUUGAGCUAACCCUUAGUCCAGAUGGUACAAGAGUAGGAAACCACCGCUGCUCUAACCUCUUGGAUUUCAACGAGAUCCAAACAGCGCAUGGUUUUAUCACUGAUGCCACAAAGAACCCAGAAAUUAUUGGCGAGACUUCACCGUACCAGUACAGCGUGGCCAUGCGCAGCACCAAUUCCCUUAGAUUCUACCGCAACCUUAACCUCGAGGCAUGUCUGUGGGAGUUCAGUAGCUACUACGACAUGUCAGAGCUGCUGAAUGACUGUGGGGGAUCGAUUGGCACAGAUGGACAGGUGCUGAAUCUUGUUCAGUCCUAUGUAACCCUGCGGGUGCCUCUGUUUGUGUCCUAUGUCUUCCAUUCUCCCGUUGCUGUUGGUGGCUGGCAACAUUUUGACCUACGUUCUGAGCUGAGGCUCACCUUUGUGUAUGACACUGCCAUCUUAUGGCAAGAUGGUAUUGGAAGCCCACCAGAGGCUGAGCUACAAGGUGCCAUGUAUCCCACCAGCAUGAGAAUAAAUGAUGAUGGCCGUCUUGUUGUCAAUUUUAAGACUGAGGCUCGAUUCAGGGGACAGUUUGUCAUGUCUCACCCAGGAACCACUUUGUCCUCUAUGGUAAUGUCAGCAGACCAUCCUGGACUCACAUUCACUCUCUCCCUGGUCAGAACUGAGCCCACUUACAACCAGCCCAUGCAACAAUGGAGCUUUGUUUCUGACUUUGCUGUGAGAGACUAUUCCGGCACCUAUACUGUGAAGCUGAUUCCAUGUAGCGCUUCACCUAAUGGAGAGUUCAGCAUACCCCCUGUGUGCCACCCGAGGGAGCCCCUCACCUUCGACAUGGACAUCCGCUUCCAGCAGGUGAGUGACCCUGUAUCAGCAGAGUUUAGUUUGAACACACAGAUGUUCCUGCUGUCGAAGAAGGAGCUGUGGCUGUCUGAUGGCUCCAUGGGCUUUGGAGAGGGCACGGACACUGCCUUCAUGGAAGGUUCUAAGAUCUAUGGGCGUGUGAUGGUGGACCCAGUGCAGAACCUGGGUGAUUCUUUCUCCUGCAGCAUAGAGAAAGUGUUUCUUUGUACUGGUACGGAUGGUUAUGUGCCAAAAUACAACCCUACAAAUAAAGAGUAUGGAUGCCUGGCUGAUGCUCCAUCCCUGCUUUACAGACUCAAGAUCUUGGACAAAGCUCAGCCAGAAACCCAGGCCACCAAUUUUGGAAAUGUCCAGUUUGAUGCCAGCCUGGCUUUGGAUACCCCUGGAGCCCUGCCUUUGGUCAGACAACCUGGAUCAGACGGAUUCACCCUGUCAUCAUCUCCCCUCUUCCAGGUCGCUGCUGGCCGUGAAUGGUUCAUCCACACCAUCUACACCCUCCGUUCUAGAGAGAACGCCAACCGAGGCAUUGGUAAAAGAAGCCUUGAGUACCACCACGCUAUAUCCUCCGCCGUAGCUGACCCUGGCGCCCAAUCCCGUAAUCGACGUGCAGUACCUGACGCAGAAGCUUUCGACAUCGGCGUUGAGAAUAACCGAGGCACCAACAUUCAGCAUAUCGCCCUGGACCGCUCAAACCGACUCCGAGUGAGCCAGCCAUGGGGCCGUGAGCUUGAACUAGAGCACCCCCUGGUGGAGGGGAGCCUGGGUAAGGGGCCUGGUUCAGAGUUCUCUCUUCCCGCUGGCAUGUCAACAUUGCUCUGGGUAGCUGGGCUCAUCCUGCUGGUAUGCCUAGUUGUAGUUCUGGUGGUUCUCUUGAUGCGACGCAAGCGGAAAGAGAAAAAGUACCCAGCUUAUUCCACUUCGUCCUGCACAGCAUACAACAAGGAGCCCACAAGACACAAUGUGGACAGCUCUGAGGUUUAAACCACCCCUGUUCCUUGUUUGUUAAGACAUGCCAAAACUAACUCUCACCAUGGUGCUUUCUUUGUCAAGAAGCAGCUGAAGUUAUGGAGAUGGAAAUAUUCUGAGAUCUAAAGCCAAAUGACACCAUCCAAUAUAUGGCUUUUUUGGAGCGUUUAACAGCUUCAAUGAAGACAUCUUGACUCCAAGACCCCUCAAAUUGCUUGUUGCCUUUCUCUUAAGAUUAUGUUUGAGCUUCAUAGUACUAAUUUUAUUUUAGCAUGCUCCAAUCAGUAGACCUGUGAACCAGAAUUGGCCACAGAAAACCUGCUCAGACAAACAGAGUGAAUCUGUGCUUCAGCUAUUGUCAAACUCAGAUUAUUUGCAAAUUUAGCAAGCAUUGCUCCAUUAUAUAUAUAUAUAUAUAUUAUAUAAAUAUAUAUAUAACAUUUUUUCUUUCUUUCUUUUUAAUCAGUCCAUUUUAACUUCACCCGAUAUGUAACAGUUCUUCUUCUGAGUGUGUGUGUGAUUUAAGCAAAUUGAAAGAUGCAAGAACUGGCUUCUUCGAACAUUUAUGUAAUAAAUGUAUCUAUUUUUAUAUGUUCCAUGACAUGAACUGCUGUGUACAAGAACACAGGCCAGCGUUUCCACAUGAUCAAUGUGUUGCUAUGCAAAGGGAGCGUAAUGUUCAAGUUCAUAACUAUUCAGAAUGUACUUAUUUUUAUACCUUUUCAGGCUGUUAAAAUGUGGUUCAGAAUCACACAUUAAUGCGGUGUGUACAUAGUUGCCUAUUCUUUAUCAAAUGUCAAAAGGAGAGACUGGUGUAAACAUAAGAUAGUACAUGAUAAAAUACACCCUGAUAAAACUUGAAAACUUGUGAACCACGUGUUUUUUUUUUUUUCUCCAUGUUAAAAAAACCAUUACAGAUUUACAAAACUGAAGCAAAGAAUGAUGAAUAUUCAAAUUAUAAGUUUAAAUUGUUACUACUGUUAGUUUUUUAGUUUUUAUUUUGUGGCUUCCCAGAUGGUGAUACUUAUUUCAAUUUAUUGUUUAAUGUUAAUUAUUUUUCAAUGUAUUAAAAUUUAAUUGUCAGACACAAACCAAUUUUACAAACAUUUUGUAAUUUAUAUCUCACCUUGUACUGUAUUAUGGAAAUUGCUAACAUUAAAUUACACCAGGACAAAAAAGUUUGAACAGAUUUAAAGUCUAUGUCAGCUAAUACACCAUUAACUUUGUGUUUGGGGAAAAUUUUUUGUUUUUGUUUGUUUUUUUUUGCUGAUGAAAAGAAUUCUGUAAAGAUACUUGUUUCAUUAUAAAGUGCCUGUUAAGUCUUUAAAAUAUAAAUGCCUACUUCUAUAA